GCAUGCUCAGUGUCGCCGCGGUUGUGGAGGAAGGCUAUCCCCUUCUCGCGAGCGUAUCCGUCCUCGCGAGGUGAUCAGGCGCGGUGCCUUGUGGGCGCUCCUUCUUUCCUUUCCUCGCUGCCCAGCCAUCUUGAAGGCGCCUCUGGUGACGCCCGGGCCGACGUGAGCCGGCAAGAUGGUGGCCGCCAAGAAGACGAAAAAGUCCCUGGAGUCCAUAAACUCUAGACUUCAAUUGGUUAUGAAAAGUGGAAAAUAUGUACUUGGAUACAAGCAGACUCUGAAAAUGAUCCGGCAGGGCAAAGCCAAGCUGGUCAUCUUGGCCAACAAUUGUCCUGCUUUGAGGAAAUCAGAAAUUGAGUACUAUGCAAUGUUGGCCAAGACUGGUGUACACCACUACAGUGGCAACAAUAUUGAAUUGGGUACAGCAUGUGGAAAAUACUACAGAGUAUGUACAUUGGCCAUCAUUGAUCCAGGUGAUUCUGACAUCAUUCGAAGCAUGCCAGAGCAAACUGCAGAAAAAUAAACUUGGCAGAAGUUUACAUUUUAUGUAAUAAAAUUGGUUAUAAUUCU